CGUUGAAUGACUGAGAAUGCAUUCAGUUUAGCACACCUUUUUCAUCUUAACCACAAGACGAAGGUCACAACAAAGAAGCAUGGUCCUUAAAUUCGUUGUUCUUUCAACAUUUUUUGUACUGGCCAACGCCGGAAAUCUCAUCACCACCCACUACACAGCUCCAGUGGCUUAUACUGCUCCAGUUGCAAAAAUUGCUACACCUGUUGCUGCACCUACAGUCGCCAAAAUUGCAACUCCAGUUCUCGCUAAACCAGCUGAAGAUGACUACGACCCUCAUCCUCAAUACACAUACUCAUAUGAUGUCCAGGAUUCUAUCACUGGUGACAAUAAGCAGCAUUUAGAAACAAGGGAUGGCGACAACGUACGUGGUAGUUAUAGUUUCAUCGAAGCUGAUGGAAGCCGAAGGAUCGUUGAAUACACUGCUGAUCCUGUGAAUGGAUUUGAUGUAGUCAUCCAUAAAGUUCCUGCAGAAGCUCCACUUCCAGUUUCUAAAAUUGCCGCAGCUCCAUUGAUCUCCAAAGCUCCUCUGCCUUAUGCUGCAGCUCCAGUCCUCAAAGCUGCUCCAUUAGUCCAUACUGCUCCUAUUACUUAUAGCUCUCCACUAACUAAAAUUGCAACCCCUGCUCAUGCAUGAAUGUACUGUUACUAAAAAAUCAAUUGAAUAAGAAUAAUCUGUUUUUAUUUGUAAGUAAACUUUGUAGUAAUAAUUUUUUAAAUAAACUUUAGUAUUAUUGAAAA